UUUGUUGGCAACGGCCAUAUCAUAUGGCGCUCUGUUUAACGAAUGUCAACGUGAAACCAAAAACAGAAUUCAAGAAUCGUGUGUUUUCUGGGGUUUUUUUUUCUGAUGUCCAGGCUCGUCACAAAGAUGUAUGCAGUGUUUCUGUGUGUAGGAGUUUUUAUCUUUGCCAAUGGUUAUGUAAAUGUCGCCCUCAACAAACCAGCGUACCAACAGUACCCAUACAGUCCAGGUGACGACACAUAUGACGCCAGUAACGCUGUAGACGGACGUAAAUCAGACCUGUAUUAUGAUGGAGGUCAAUGUGCUGUAUCAAACAAGAGACAAACCGCCACCUGGUGGGUGAACCUGACCACCAUCCACAGAAUCCACCACAUCACCAUCUACUUCGGGACGGACCAUAAACCAUCGGGUUUUAUUAAUAUCCUUCCUGAGUUACCCCUUGGAUUCUCUGUGUACGUCUCCAAUACAACAGACAGACUACAGGGAACACUGUGUUACAAGGACGACAACUUUACACUAGACACCAUACCCGCUGUCUUCACCACCACCUGUCCUGUACAUGGACAGUACGUCAUCUACUACAACGAGAGACUACCAGGAGUUACCUACCCUUACGACUACUCUAAAUAUGUUUUCACUGGCCUCUGUGAGCUGGAGGUGUACGGAUGUCCUGCUACCGGAUGUUACGAGUCAAACAAUACCCUCCCCUGUCCAGACGUUAAAUGUCAGUACUGUCACAUAGAAACGGGCACCUGUCAUGGCUGUAGAACUGGGUAUCAAGGUCACCGAUGUGAACUAGCUUGUGACGAAGGUUCAUAUGGACCCGGAUGCAAACAGAUGUGUGGGCAAUGUCGUCUUGUAAACCAGUGUUCCAAUAUCAAUGGGAUAUGUUUGACUGGAUGUGAUGCUGGUUAUAAAGGGGACUUGUGUAAAACCCCAUGCGACAGAGGGUCGUAUAGUUUUGAAUGCAAUGAAACAUGCGGGCACUGUCGUGACCAGUGUUCCAAUAUCAAUGGGAUAUGUGUGACUGGAUGUGAUGCUGGUUAUCAAGGAGACUUGUGUAAAACUCCAUGCGACAGGGGGUUGUAUGGAUCCGAGUGCAAUGAAACAUGUGGAAAAUGCCGUGGCCUUAACCAGUGUUCCAAUAUCAAUGGAACAUGUUUUACUGGCUGUGAUGCUGGUUAUCAAGGGAACUUGUGUAAAACCCAAUGCGACAGGGGGUUGUAUGGACCUGAAUGCAAUGAAACAUGUGGAAAAUGCCGUGGCAUUAACCAGUGUUCUAAUACCAAUGGAACAUGUUUGACUGGCUGUGAAGCUGGUUAUCAAGGGGACUUGUGUCAAACUCCAUGCAACAAAGGAUUGUAUGGUUCUGAAUGCAAUAAAACAUGCGGACAUUGUCGUGAAUUAAACCAGUGUUCCAAAAUCAAUGGAACAUGUUUGACUGGAUGUGAUGCUGGUUAUCAAGGGAAUUUGUGUAAAAUACAUAAGUGUUUAGUGUGUUAUAUCAAUGUUAAUGAGAAUACAUUCGUUAAUAAGUCGUGUUAUGAAUAGCGUAAGAUGAAAACCAAUAAGUUUAUAUACAGUUUAGAGUAGGUUUUGUUUUUAAUUUAUAAGACAUUUUUUCUACCGAAUCCGAAUGACCACUGUCAUUUUCAAAGCGUGUAUGUUUACGAUCAACUGCAUGAUAGUGCGUUUGUUUUGGAGAUUUAUGGUACGUUUAUGACAGCUGACAAAGAAUUGCGGGUAAGUGUUCUCACCUUGUCUGUGAAACAUACAAUGUUAGACCAUUAUAUUGUGAAUAAAUAUUGUUUAAAUAUGUUCUCACAAUACUAUAUUUAUGGUAUGUGUUAAUCAGUAUUGAAUGCAUUUUUAAAAAAUUGAGGUAGUAUCCAUGACUUUGCUUGCAUAAAAUGUAUAAAACAUCAUCCAUUGUAGUUUGGCAUAAUAACACCUUGUAAAUGGUAAAUACUGUGGAAUCCUUAGAUUUCGAGGUGGCUCAUUGUUCGUGCAAUUCGUUGCUAUCUCUCAUCCACGAACUUACAUACUUAAAGAAAUAAUAAGUUGGUGUUUUAAAAUCAUAUUUCAUUUCGUAGGAAUAAGGGAAUGCACGAAAUUACGUUCCCACAAACCAGUAAAAUUUAAUCAAUUCACGAAAUUUGGCCCCCACGAACUUUAAUGAUUCCACAGUAUAUUUCAAUUGUCAACUCAUAGAGUUCUAAUUGAUGCUAAAGCAACAUCUACAUAGUUUUAUAAACUAAUUAUUUCCACGUUUAAGAUUCUUUAUUUUGUUUUUUAAACUAUUCAGUGUUGAUCUUUUUCAUUACUAUGUUCAUUAUUUAACUUAUUUUUAACGAUUAGAUUUCAUUUUGAAUUGUAAGCCUUCACUCCUAAAGUAGUUUUAACAUAGUUAACAUAUUUUCAGGUAUAUCGAUUAAUCAUCAUGAAAUAUUAUCAGCGAGCAUGUUCUGAUCGACAUUCAUUAUUGCAAAAGCGUAAUUUCUCAUUGAUUACCUUAAGCCCCCUUUUACAAUUAUGCGCAAGAGCAGAAUCGAUAAAUAUAUGCGAACGACCGAAAAAAUAGAUAUGGUUCGUUAACUGUUGCUAAAGAUAAUCGCAUAUUAAAGUGUACUCGUGUAGAACUCAUAUGAUUUAGAUGAACACUUUUGUGAGCUAAGUUAUACUAAAUUACAUAUAAUGUGUAAGGAGUAUGUUGAUAAAAGGAUGAACUUAUUUGGAUUCUUUUUUUUAUAUAUUGUAUCUACUUAUGAUAAUAAGAGUGUAUCAUUUACUAUCUUUACAAUUAAACAGUUAGUUGAUUUUUUUUAAAAGUUUAUUUUAUGUUCUAGCAGUUAUUAUUCACAAAAUGUUAAAUCUAUGUUUUGUUUUAGGAGUAGAAAUUCAGUUGUGAUAUCGCAAUCAAAUGUUUGCAGCCGCACCUUUAUCUCAAGACGAUCCAGACUAAAUGUUUACCAUUAAGUAGAAUCUAUUUGUAACUUAAGCUUUGUUUUACAUUAAAAUGUUGAGAUAUUUUAAUACAUUGAACCUCUAUGUGUUUUGCUAAUGAAGCGGUUUUGAAAAUACUUGUAAAAAAAACUUCGAUAAAAAGUCGUAAGUAUUGUCAGAUGUCUUAGUUGUCUUCUCCUAAUAUCUAGACGGCCGCAUUGCAUACCUUGGAACACUGGACCAUGAUUGUUCCUAUGAGUAGACACAGCUGGGAUUGAUUUUUGGUGACCUUUUCUAUUACUAGGGAAGCCGGUCAAUGUAUUGAAUUGUUAAACUUUAUUCUGUGGUUUCUACGCUAACCAAAUGAAUUCCAUACCAUGCAAUUGCUACGGACAAGUAUCCUCUGGGUUCCACUUACCAAGAGGCUGAUGUAAAACGAAACAUUUCCAACACAAUGUUUCAUUCACUGAUAAUGUGUUCACUGUGGCAAUGUUUGAUUUUUCUUUAGUUUUGAACAUUUGUAUAUUUUGAUUCGUUAUUGAUAAAAUUGU